AUGGCCCUUGUGACCUGCAACUCCAUUUCUUGCCAACAGUCGGCUUCGCUGGACCUUCAAAGAUGGAAUAAUGUUAUAAAGACUCAAGUGCUCGAGGGGAACGCAGGGCACGCAAUUCGGUCGUAUGUAAACAUGCAAAGACAUGGUCUCUUUGCUGAUAACUAUACAUUUCCGGUUUUGCUGAAAGCAGCAGGUAAUGCAUCUUACUUGGGUGUAGGGUUAGCACUUCAUGGACAGGCAGUGAAGACUGGGUUUUGUGAUCAUCUUUUCGUCCAAACUGCUCUGCUGAACAUGUAUUCUUCUCUUGGAAUCGUAGUGGAUGCCCGCAAAGCGUUUGAUAAAAUGCCUGUGAAAGAUGUGGUAGCCUGGAACUCCAUGUUAUAUGUGUAUGCUUCUAGUGGGCAGAUGGGGAAUGCAGUGCAAGUCUUUGAUACAAUGCCAUCGCAUGACCUUUUGUCUUUCAAUAUUAUGAUCUCUGGGUUCGCAGGGGCUGGAAGCAAAACAUGUGCCAGAAGCAUUUUUGAUAGAAUUCCUGACAAGGACAUUGUGUCUUGGAACUCGAUGAUAUUGGCGUGCAUGAAUGCAGGAGAUAUGGCUGAAGCGCAUAAGUUGUUCGAGUCGAUGCCUGAGAAAAAUGUCAUAACUUGGAACACAAUGAUAAUGGGUUAUCUGAACAAUCAGUUUUACUCCAAGGCAAUCGAAUUCUUGGACAAAAUGAAGGUGGGAAAUAUCGAACCGGAUCAUCUGAGCGUGACUGGUGCUUUAGCUGCCUGUGCUCGUUUGGGGUUGCUUGAAACUGGCAUAAAGAUACACACAUAUGCCAAACUGUCGGGACAGGCUUCAAGCCCCCAUGUAGUAACAGCACUUAUAGAUAUGUAUGCCAAGUGCGGAAACAUCCACUACUCUUUAGAAGUGUUCUACAAGUUCAAACACAAAAACGUCUACUGUUGGAAUGCCAUCAUUUCGGGACUCGCUCUUCACGGUUUUGGCAACGCAGCUCUAAAAAUCUUCAACCAAAUGAGAGCGGAUUUUCAAGUAAAACCAGAUGAUAUCACCUUCAUUGGGGUCUUAAGUGCGUGCAGCCAUGGAGGACUGGUGGAGGAAGGAUGUGAAUUGUUUGAUUCAAUGGAAAAGCAAUUUGGGAUAACUCCAAAGGCAGAGCAUUAUGGGUGCAUGGUCGACCUUCUGAGCAGAGCGGGCCUUUUGGACAGUGCAUUGCUACUCAUAGAGACGAUGCCGUUUGAAGCAGGAGAGUCCAUAUUGGGUGCAUUGCUGAGUGCUUGUGUGAUUCAUUGGGACCUUGAAAUUGGGGAGAAAGCAAUGAAGCUAAUGGCUGCUGGGAGCGAUGGGGAGUAUAUGAUGUUAGCAAACUUGUACGCGUCUUGCGGUAAAUGGGAAGAAGCACAGAGAUGGAGAGAUAUGAUGAACGAGUCGGGGAUUGAAAAGACUGCAGGUUGCAGCUUGGUUGAGGUUAAUGGAAGGUUUCACAAGUUUAUGGCCGGAGAUCAGAAUGGUACUGUAUAUUGA